AUGGCCUCCCGUCCGACCUUUGGCCAGUGGCUCAAGCACACCUGGCUCGACAUCCUCACUAUGGCCGCCAUGGGUGCCAUCGGCCUCGGCGUCUACAUGGCCCACCCGGCCGCCAACCGGUCCUUCCCCGUCACCUUUUCCGACGGCGAGGUCGUCUACCCGCAGUUCGCCUACCCGCUGCGCAAGGAGAUCAUCCCCAUAGUCGCUGCCGCCGUCAUGGCCGCCCUGAUCCCCAUCGCCAUCAUCCUGCUCAUGCAGAUCCGCGUGCGCUCCUUCUGGGACGUCAACAACGGCGUCCUGGGCCUGCUGUACUCGCUCAUCACGGCCGCCGUGUUCCAGGUCUUUGUCAAGUGGCUCAUCGGCGGCCUGCGCCCGCAUUUCCUCGACGUGUGCAAGCCGGACCCGAGCAGGCUUACCGGCCAGCAGCGCGACAUCUACGACGCCACUGGCUACCUGAACCUGUACUACACCAAGGACAUCUGCACGGGCGACCCGGACGAGAUUGACGACUCGCUCGAGUCGAUGCCCUCUGGCCACACCACCGCCGCGUUUGCCGGCUUCGUCUACCUGUACCUGUACCUGAACGCCAAGCUCAAGGUCUUUGGCAACCACCAUCCCGCGAUGUGGAAGCUCAUCAUCAUCUACAUGCCCAUCCUCGGCGCGUGCCUGAUCGGCGGCGCCCUCACCAUCGACGAGUACCACAACUGGUACGACGUCUUCGCGGGCGCCGUCAUCGGCACCGUCAUGGCCUUCUCGGCCUACCGCAUGGUCUACGCUGCCAUCUGGGACUGGCGCUUCAACCACAUCCCCCUGCACCGCAACAUGCCCUUCCGCUACGACGGGUCCGACGACCUGUCGGACGCCGUGUUCACGCACAAGGCUGGCUGGGGCGAGAAUGUUGGUGUCGGCACUGGUGCUGCCAGUGGUGCUGCUGCCGGUGGUGCCGGGGGAUAUCAGACGGGUGCGAGCAGCGGGUAUGCUGCCAACAACGGCGCGGGUAAUGGUUACUCGAAUGGAUAUGAGACUGGACACCACCAUGGCCACCACGGCAGCGGUAUGAACCGUGUUCCCGUUGGCGGAAGACGCAGCCAGGAUAUUGUUUAA